AUGAAAGGGGAYGAUAUUUCUGCGUAUACAACAAGAUUUCAUGAGUUGGCAAAUCUUGUGCCACAUCUAGUGUCAUCAGAAGAGGCUCGAAUAGRAAGGUACAUUUGGGGAUUGUCCCCAGAAAUUAGGGGAAACAUAACCUCUGCCAAUCCAAGGACUAUCCAAGAGGCGGUAGAAAUUGCCACGAAACUCACGAACAAUGCUGUACGAUCCGGAGGGUUGGCCAAAGGAAAACGAAAGAUAGAGGAGUAUGGGGACCGAAGAAUUGGAAGGAAAUCUGACAAAAACAGGAGAAUGGCAAGGAAUUUUGGAGCCCAAUCACAGGUGGUAAGGCAGGGCGAUGCGGAAAGAUGCAAUAAGUGCAAAUUUCAACACCGAGGGAAUUGUAUCAUCUGCCAGAGGUGUCGUCUAGGGGGCCACACGGUAAAGGACUGCCGGAAGCGCCUAUGCUAUGAGUGUGGAAGCCUAGACCAUAUAAGGAAUGAUUGCCCAAAACGAAAAACAGGGGCAAAUGCAAACCAAAAUCGACAGAAUAAUGCGGGUAAUUCAGGAAGUCAGGUUCGAGGCAGAACUUUUGAAUUGGGAGCCAGAGAAGCCAGAGGGUAUCCCAGCGUGGUUACAGGCAAAGCCAAUGUUGUGGCCGAUGCUUUAAGCUGA